AUGCGGGUAACCCGCGACUACCUACAACCCGCUGGCGGGUUCGCCGCUUUGCAACCUCUGACCGGAAAAUUCUACACCUACCUCAGCGCGAAACGGACGUUCCUAUCCUUCGUCACCAUUUUCGAGAUUGGCUCCUUGCUUUGCGCUGUUUCAACCUCGUCGACGUUCUUUGUCCUUGGUCGUACUGUGGCCGGGCUGGGAGCCUCGGGCCUGGAGAAUGGUGCCUUGACCCUUAUUGCUGGAGCGGUACCUUUGCACAAACGGCCUUUGUAUACUGGCAUAGUAUUUGCAACUGGUCAGAUCGGUAUAGUUGUCGGACCACUCAUUGGUGGCGCCUUGACGCAAUACGUGACCUGGCGAUGGUGCUUCUACAUCAACCUCCCCAUUGGCGCGGUCUCCGGCCUGUUUCUGUUCUUCACACACAUUCCAGACGAGAUAUCUAAGCCACCCUUCUCAUUCGCCCUGCUCCGCAGCAUCAUUCCAAAUCUCGAUCUUACAGGCUGUGCACUUUUCGCGCCGGCCACCGUCAUGUUCCUCCUCGCGCUGCAGUGGGGAUCGGAUGACUACGGGUGGAGCUCGCCCGCUGUCAUUGCCUUAUUCGCCGGCUCUGGCGCGACCGCGAUAUUGUUCUGCCUUUGGGAAUGGCGCGUGGGCGAGAAGGCCCUCAUACCCUUUCAUCUAGUGAAAAGACGGAUUGUGUGGGCGAGCACCAUCCAGAACUCGUUUCUGUUUGUCACUAACCUUAUCGGGGCCAAUUACGUCCCCAUCUACUUCCAGGCCGUCAAGGGCGUUGGUCCUUCGCUGAGUAGCGUUUACAUGCUUCCCUCCAUCCUGACGCAGUUGCUGUCUAUAGUUAUCUCUGGCGCUAUUGGUAAGUCGAGCCCGCCUCUUGCCUAG